GUUCGGCUGGUUCCGGGUUGAGCAGCUGCGCUGGGAUCCGAGCAGUGGCUGCUGAGUCGGCGAAGGUAAGGGGCAUCUCGGGCCGGGCCUGGGGCCGGGAUCCGGCAGCUGAGCGAGGCUGCACUCCUGCCUUCCUCUGCCAGUAUAGCCGCGGGGCGGCUCCGCCUGGCUUCCCUCUCCGCCAGAAUUCUCCAUCCAGCUCUCCCCCUCCCCCACCGCACCCAUCCCGGGAUUUAACCCCUCAAGUCCAGCGUUCCCCGGCUGGACCCCCUUAUUUCAGCACCCCCAUUCCUUCGGACUGUCCCUUUCCCUAGAACCUUCUUCCCAGGAGGUUCCCAGCAGAACCUUCUUCUGCUUCCCUCGAAUACCCAGGGCCCCCCGUCUCCAGCAUCCAGUGCCCACUACCUCGCUAUCACCACCCCCCGAGCUCGCAUCCUGGGCAGCGGCAGGGCACCCGCACCCCUUCCUCGAGUUACCCACCUCCGGGACAGUCCUUCUUUCUUCUCCGGGAGCUCCUACCCCAGUCCCUCCCGCACCCACCCCUCCGUGGCGCCCCCGACAGCGCCGCGCGCUCUCAGCCGCGCCCCCUACUCGGCCCCCCUCCCCGCCGCCCCCGGCGCCAUGGCGUGCAGCCUCAAGGACGAGCUGCUCUGCUCCAUCUGCCUGAGCAUCUACCAGGACCCGGUGAGCCUGGGCUGCGAGCACUAUUUCUGCCGCCGCUGCAUCACCGAACACUGGGUGCGGCAGGAGGCUCAGGGCGCCCGCGACUGCCCCGAGUGCCGCCGCACGUUCGCCGAGCCCGCGCUCGCGCCGAGCCUCAAGCUGGCCAACAUCGUGGAGCGCUACAGCGCCUUCCCGCUGGACGCCAUCCUCAACGCGCGCCGCGCCGCGCGACCCUGCCAGGCGCACGACAAGGUCAAGCUCUUCUGCCUCACGGACCGCGCGCUGCUCUGCUUCUUCUGCGACGAACCGGCGCUUCACGAGCAACACCAGGUCACCGGCAUCGACGACGCCUUCGAAGAGUUGCAGAGGGAGCUGAAGGAGCAGCUCCAGGCCCUUCAGGACAGUGAGCGGGAGCACACCGAGGCGCUGCAGCUGCUCAAGCGACAGCUGGCCGAGACCAAGUCUUCCACCAAAAGCCUGCGGACCACCAUCGGGGAGGCCUUCGAGCGGCUGCACCGCUUGCUGCGGGAGCGGCAGAAGGCCAUGCUGGAGGAGCUGGAGGCCGACACGGCGCGCACGCUGACGGACAUCGAGCAGAAGGUGCAGCGCUACAGCCAGCAGCUGCGCAAGGUGCAGGAGGGCGCGCAGAUCCUGCAGGAGCGGCUGGCCGAGACCGACCGGCACACCUUCCUGGCCGGGGUGGCCUCGCUGUCCGAACGGCUCAAGGGGAAAGUCCACGAGACCAAUCUGACCUACGAAGACUUCCCGACCUCCAAGUACACAGGCCCCCUGCAGUACACCAUCUGGAAGUCUCUGUUCCAGGACAUCCACCCAGUGCCAGCCGCCCUGACCCUGGACCCAGGCACAGCCCACCAGCGCCUGAUCCUGUCGGAUGACUGUACCAUCGUGGCCUACGGCAACCUGCACCCCCAGCCGCUGCAGGACUCCCCGAAGCGCUUUGACGUGGAGGUGUCGGUGCUGGGCUCCGAGGCCUUCAGCGGGGGCGUCCACUACUGGGAGGUGGUGGUGGCGGAGAAGACCCAGUGGGUGAUCGGGCUGGCCCACGAGGCCGCGAGCCGCAAGGGCAGCAUCCAGAUUCAGCCCAGCCGCGGCUUCUACUGCAUCGUCAUGCACGACGGCAACCAAUACAGCGCUUGCACCGAGCCCUGGACGCGGCUCAACGUCCGCGACAAGCUUGACAAGGUCGGCGUCUUCCUGGACUACGACCAGGGCCUGCUCAUCUUCUACAACGCCGACGACAUGUCCUGGCUCUACACCUUCCGCGAGAAGUUCCCGGGCAAGCUCUGCUCCUACUUCAGCCCAGGGCAGAGCCACGCGAACGGCAAGAACGUGCAGCCGCUGCGGAUCAACACCGUGCGCAUCUAGUGUGGAUGCGCGAGUCCGUGGGCGCCGGGGGAUGGCCGCCCGCGAGAGCCCUGCCCGCGGCGGGAGGCCGGACUCCGGCCCAGCUUGGCCACGCUGAGACCUCGGGCCAGUGGUUGGCCCUUCGGCCUCCCGUUUCCCUGUCUGUGAAGUGGCGGCCGCGCUCGGUGAUUCCUAAACUCUUUCAGCAUUGAUGUUCCAUAGCUGUGACGGUGAUUGGGAUGUAGCUUUGGUCUGAGGAUGUGAUGUGACUUCUCCCCAGGGCAGCCCCUGCCCCACCCUCACCCCCCUCCGGUCGGGAGCAGCUGUGGGGAGGAGGCUUCCCUAUGCUUCCCUCCUCUCCACAUGCCCUGGCCUCAGUGUAUCCAGGUGCUGCCAACAAUUGGCAGCCUGAACCCUCUUGUGCUCCCAGACUUAAGACUUGCCCCUGGCCAAGCUAGAGAGGGGCCAUUUUAUGUUUGACCCCAGCCCAGAGUUGUCUGAGGACCUUUCCCACACCAAGAGCUUGGAGGCUCCUGCCUUUUGUACCUAUGGGCAGGUAGAGAUGACGUGCACAUCAUGGUCCCUGGGCCACCACCUUCUGCCCGCAGGCUGAAGGCAGCAUUCAUGUCCUAUAGCUGCGUGCCUUGGAGUGCACUCCAAGGCCUAUGCAGAACUCCAUGGCGACGGGACAUGUGUCACUGGUGCUGGAGGUCCCCAGCACUGUGGAUGAGGAGGCAGCCAGGCCUCUGGGGCCGGGCCCGGGAAUGGGAGGCCUCGGGAGCAGAGUUUGACCAGGACCCGAGCACUGGUACUGUGGGCUGGGACUCCGCAUCAGGCUUGGGGUGCCUCUCAGCUGGUAUCCUGUUGCAGAAAACAGGAGCUGCUUUAACUAGUUCCACUAGCAAGGAUUUGUUACCAGGUGCCUAGUGGCUUUGCAACAUCGUUGGAGGAGCAGACGCUUUGCUGGAUUUCCAGGAACGAUCCCAGAUAGCUUCGUCACACAUUCCAUGAUCAGGGACACCGCUGCCAUCUGCAGAAAGUCACUGCGUCAGGAAGCCGCUGAGUGCAGAACCAUCUGUGCCAGCCAGCGGAUGCCCUGAGGCCUGCUUCUCUCCCACUCAAUUCAGUUCCAAAUCUGAAUCUCUACAAGGGAUUCUGUUUGGGGAAACUUAAAUCAGAUCCAGAACUUUGGCUGCAAAAGAGUCUGGGAAUUAUAUAUUCUCUUCUUUCCAGCAUCAGCCAUGCAAAAAGGCGCAUAGAAGGAAAUUAGAAUGCAUGUUGAACAAACCCACCACAGUUUGGGCCCCUGGCAUCCACUUCUAGGCUUCGGCUUUGAAAUAGCAAGUGUCCUACUCUGCGACUCUGGCCCCAGAGGGUGGGCCCACAGGACAGAGCUGUGGCUUCUCUUUCCAGUCCUGAGAUCUAGAUCCUGAAUUUGGGGUCUCUGACCACACCCAUUCCAAAGGACCCAGUCAGGCUAGCUGAAGUUGGGAGUCUCCCACCUCAUAGCUGCUCCCCACUGGGGCCUCUCUUGGGCAGCAGGAAUCCUCAGUCUUCCCUUUCCUCUUCAGCUACCGGAAUCUGGGCCAUUCCCAGCAGUGUUUUUAUUUUAAAUGUUGCCCAUUUUGUGAGUUACGAUGAAUUUGUAUUAAAUUAAGUU